CGCAAGUCUUGUCUGAUCCUUCAUUUGAAUACGAGGCGUACAAAUAGAGUUGGUACGUCGGGCGCGCGCGUUUCUCCAGACCAGGUAGCCAGUAUGCCUGAUCCGUCAAAAUCUGCUCCAGCCCCCAAGAAGGGUUCCAAGAAAGCUGUCACCAAGGCUCAGAAAAAGGAUGGCAAGAAACGCAAACGGGGCCGCAAGGAGAGCUACUCCAUCUACGUGUACAAGGUGCUGAAGCAGGUGCACCCCGACACCGGCAUCUCCUCCAAAGCCAUGGGCAUCAUGAACUCCUUCGUCAACGACAUUUUCGAGCGCAUCGCCAGUGAGGCCUCCCGCCUGGCGCAUUAUAACAAGCGCUCGACCAUCACUUCCCGAGAGGUGCAGACGGCCGUGCGUCUGCUGCUGCCCGGGGAGCUGGCCAAACAUGCCGUGUCCGAGGGCACUAAGGCUGUCACCAAGUAUACUAGCUCCAAGUGAGGCGCUGCGCCGGCGUCCUCAAUCCAAAGGCUCUUUUCAGAGCCACCCAUACAGUCUUUAAAAGGGUCUUGAACACA